GCCGCCGCAGUCUGUGCUGUGCGGAAUCGUCGAGCGGGUCGCGUACGUUUGCGGUACAAACACAGUCGACCGUUACCGGCAUCGCCGCCGUCGCGUCGCAUUUGUCGUUUAUCCAGUGUCCUCUCAUGAUACAGAACUAUUAGCAAUAAUUUUUAAGUCAAACGAAUCGUCGCGCAAAGUGAUUGAAAAAUGGACGGGACCGAGGAAGAAGGAAAGAAAUCGCUCCGCCUGAACGUGGAGGAGACUACGUGCUGUGGUAGUGACAGUGGAGUGGAUGUGACUCCGGCCGCGUCGUGCGACUCAAGCUUGGCGUCCGGCUGCUACGACCCGUGCAAGAGCCCAGUGGGCCCGUUCAGUCCUACCGGUGCGGGCCCGUCGUCGUUGCCAUGUUACACCGCCGGUGGUUACAGUAGGCCGAGCACGCCCACGUGGCGGCGCCCGGCCAAGUUGCCCAACAGUAUGUCUUCGUCGUUCCACUUCGAGUCGUCGAACGGCAACAGGAACAGUCCGCCUAGGACUGCGGACGGUUCGGCGUCCAGGAAACCCGAUCUGAACGCUGUAGCCAAACAGGCAAAAAUCUCGACUGUGAAAAAGCUGGUCAACACGUACGACAUGGUUAAAUCGCUGGACCGGUACGCCACGUUGCCCAGACGGAAGAGGAGGUCCAAGGAGAACCUGACGACCGCUGUGUCUCCGGCCGCGACGCCGCCCAAAGAGCCUAGUCUCAACCGGGCGGCCAGUCUCAGGAGAAAGCACAUCGAGCAGGGUGCCGCCAUGCAGGCGACUCAUCACGGUUCUUCCACGCCGUCGCCGCUCAAGUCGUCCACCAUGCCAAAAACCGCCCGGCCGCCGCCGCCGCCAACGACGCCAGUCAAGACGAAAAUCUAUCACGAAGUGUGUUCGCAGACUUGUCUGACGGGCGAAGACAUAACCAGUGUGUUGGCCGGCAACGUACUGGCUCCCGUAGAAAACAGGGUUGAAACCAAUGACGCCGAAGUACAGGUGGAUCUGGUAGCAAAAAGAAUUAACGCACUUGAGACUGACCUAAAGGAAAAGACUGAACAAUUAGACUGUAAAAUAAAAGAAUUUACCGAACAACAAGAGUGCCUUAAACAGUUGCAGGAACGACUGAAUCAAGAGGAUUCCGAUUCGUGCAAACAAGUAGACGCUUAUAGUCUAAGACUAUGUAACAUUUUCCAGAUAAAUGAUUGUAUUGAUCCGUCGCCAUCAAACAUAUUAGACAUAUUAGAAAAAUAUGUCACCUCCACCUCGUGUACGAUCGGUGAUCAACAAAAAGAAAUCAGUAAUCUGAAAACACUUUGUACAUCUCUGCACAGGGAUUUAGAAAAGAGCUAUGCCGCUCAAAAAUCACUUUUGCAAGCUAACCAAGCCGCUGAAAUGGAGUCUUAUGAAAUACAAGAUUUCCUUCAAGCAGAGAAAGCAAUGUUGUUGGACACCAUCAAAGACUUAGAAAAAGAUGUUAAAGACUCUAAAGAACAAUUAUCUGCGAAAGAAAAAGAAGCCGCCAAGCUCAAAGAGCAGUGUACGCAUUUGGUGCGAAUCUCUGAACAACGUAGACAAGAGAAUUUAUCGCUACAAGCCAAGAUGCACGUUUUAGAAAAUAAAAGCCGCGAAGUUUUGCAGCAACAAGAAUCUACUGUCUCCAGUGCUGUUGUCGGUUUGUCGGGACUUGGCAAUCGUCUUGAUUCCCUUCUGGACAAACUAAUCAAAUCUUAUUCGAUUUCAGAAAUUGACAUUGAAGACGAAGUAUACUUUAACGAAGCUUACACAAACGGUGACAGCGGUAGUGAAUCCGAACAACAUCACAGCUCCUCAAAUAAAACCGAUUCCAAGAGCCUACUCUCAGCCAUCGUGUCGGCUAUUAAAUCCGCACCCGUUGGCUGGCAAAAGGCCAAAAUGGAUAAAGCCCUUACAUCUAGUACAAAUUCACAAGAGUUGUUUCACUCGCCUGUUAAACGUUUACACACGUCUGCUUCUUUGAAAGAAUUGCAAAAAGCCGACUGUCAAUUUUUCAAACAAAACGGAUCGACUGGGGACUUAAUAUCGCAAACAGAUUCCUUAGACGAUUGUAGUGAAUUACAAUCAGCCGAAAGUGAGUCGUUAAAUAAUUUAUCGGACGCCAUAAUAGCUAGACAACAACUUGAAAUGAACGUCAAUUGUGGAGUUGGUGGUUUGGAAUUCCUAGAAGACUUUCGACCACCAGACGCUGAUCUCUUGGACCAAGUGAUCGACCUUGAUAACACGGUUACAAGGCUGUUAAAAGUUCUGACAAUAGCACAAGGAAAUAAUAAAGAGCAACUGCAACGCCAAGAAAGACCAGAAACAAAAUACAAUAACUGCAUUGGAAAUGGAAAGAGUAGGCAGUAUUUGUCGCAACCUUCGCUAAUACACGAAAAUGACGAAGCCAACUGCAAACGUACACCGCUUGUGCCCGUACAGGAACUCAACACUAGCUCACAUAAAACGCUGAAUGGAUUCAUGUGAUUAUUAUUAUUAUUGUUGCACAAGUUUUGUGUAGUUUUUUCCUUUUUACAUAAAAUAUUAUAUUAAUAUUGUUUAUGAUUAUUAUUACAAAACAAAAUACUAAUUUUUGUUCCCACAAUUUUUUAUUUAAAUUUAUAUUCGAAAAGUUGUUACCAAAUUGUAAAAAAUUACGAAUUUUGAAAUUGGCGAAUUUAAUGCAGUUUUUAGCCAUAGUUUUAUAAUUGCUAAGUCAAGUAAUACUAAAUUAUAAAACAUUUUCCCUCCUCUCCAAAAACAGUAACAUUUUUGGAUUUUAUAAAUAUUUACAAACACAUUUUUUCGGCAACAACAUAAUAUACAGAAAUGAAUCGGUCAGGAAUGUAAUUCACAGUGUAGUACAAUUGUUGAUCUUAUGGAAUGUGAUUUAUACAUGUAAUAAUAAUAAUAAUAUAUUAAAAAGCCUUAAAUAUUUUUGCAAUCAACUGUUUAAUACGAGUAUAGUCUACUCGAUAUUGCUGCUGUAACAAUAUUUUCUUCGUUGACUUAUAUUUGUAUUGUUCUUAUUAUUAUAAUUUCUUUUUUUUUUUUUUUGUAUAGAUGUUUUAAAAACAAACAAGAAGACAUUUGAUGUUAAUUCUGGUAAUAAACUAUUUUCUUACUGAUACCGAGUAGUAAAUGUUUAAUUUAAUAAUCUGUAAACAUAUGUUACAAAAAUACAAUUUUUUUUAUGCCUG